AAACAAGACCUCAUCAUGGUGUCGAUGGUACGACAGAUGCUGGGCUUUACCCUGGCGAUCAUCGGUUUCCUGGGGACCAUCAUUGUGUGCUCCCUGCCUAUGUGGAAGGUCGGAGCCAUCAAUGGAGCCAACAUUGUGACAGCGCAGGCACUCUGGGAAGGUUUAUGGAUGAGCUGUGUGGUCCAGAGCACAGGCCAGAUGCAAUGCAAGGUUUACGACUCCGUGCUCGCUCUGUCAAGUGACCUCCAGGCUGCCCGCACCCUCAUCAUCACCUCCAUCCGGGUUGGCGUCAUGGCUCUCCUCUUGUUCAUCGCAGGGGGUAAAUGCAUCAACUGCGUGGAGGAUGAGGGCUCCAAAGCCAAAUUCGGCGUGGCGUCUGGUGUGCUCUUCAUCAUCGCUGGUGUUAUGUGCCUCAUCCCUGUGUGCUGGACGGCAAACACCAUCAUAAAUGACUUCUACAACCCGUUGAUGAUGGGCUCUCAGAAGAAGGAGCUUGGAGCUGCAGUCUUCAUCGGCUGGGGGGCCGCAGGCCUCCUCAUCCUGGGUGGUGGAUUCCUCUGUGCCAACUGCCCUCCCAAGGAUAACUACUCUGCCAAGUAUUCAGCUGCCCGUUCAUCUGGACCCAAGGACUACGUCUGAGGAGAGAA